AUGGCUCAAUACGAUCUUCAGUAUUCCCAUCUGCUUCCAUCGCAUUUGGUUUUAGCAUCACCUUAUCAGCCCUCUCCAAAUCCCAUCUUGUCACCCCACACUGCAUCUCAGUUCCAAUCGUUCCCAUCAACUCCAACUUCGCCAAACCCUUACACCCCCUUGAAUGCUAGAUCGGCCACAGACCUUUAUAGCCCUAUUGCUGCGGCCGCUGCCCAAUACUCGCCUUAUUACUCCCCCAUCAUUGAUCAAAUCGACUCUGCUGGCCAGACCUCACGAACCGUGUAUCUUGGAAAUAUUCCUUCUGAUCUCACUGCUGAACACCUCCUCGACCAUGUCCAUUCAGGCGUUAUUGAAUUUGUAAAGAUAUUUACCGAGAAAAACUGUGCAUUCAUUUCGUUUCUCAACCACGCAUCCGCUUCACAUUUUUACUCAGACGCUGCUCUUCGCCAACUUUCCAUUAACUCGCAUGACAUCAAGGUUGGCUGGGGUAAAUCUUCCUCUCUCCCUGCAGCCGUUGCUCUUGCUGUAUCUCAAGACGGUGCAACGCGCAACGUGUACAUUGGGAAUCUCCCCGACGACAUCACCGAAGAAGAGAUUCGCGAAGACAUGUCUCAGUUUGGUGCCAUUGACACAAUAAAACUUAUCAAGGACAAAAAUAUUGGGUUUGUACAUUUUUUAAGCAUCAGCGCUGCUAUGAAGGCUGUCCAAAAACUUGCCUAUGAAGACACUUCUGACACAAAGUGGGCUACCCGCAAGGUCUUUUAUGGUAAAGAUCGUUGCGCGUUUGUGUCGAGGACCCAACAACAAAAUGCAGCCCAGUACCUUGGGAUUGCACCAGGCUACGAACACAUACUGGCCACUGCAGACCGCGACUUGAUUUCUUCUGCCUUGGCUCAACAGUCGGCCGCUGCGGUGGCAGUUGCUGCCGCUGCAGGAGGCACGGCCAAUGUUGGUAACCGUACACUCUACUUAGGUGCAGUUCACCCGGAAACCACGAUUGAGGAAAUAUGUAAUGUUGUGCGAGGUGGCUUGCUCCACAAUAUUCGCUACAUUCCUGAGAAGCAUAUUUGUUUCAUCACUUUUGUUGAUCCUACUGCUGCCGCCCAGUUUUAUGCUCUGGCCACGCUCCAAGGUCUUGCUAUCCACAACCGGCGCUUGAAGAUUGGGUGGGGGAAACACUCAGGUCCUCUACCACAGGCCCUUAUGAUGGCGGUGACGGCUGGUGCGUCUCGCAAUGUGUACAUUGGCAACAUUGACGAGAGUUGGCCCGAGUCGAAGUUGCGCUAUGAUUUUUCUGAGUAUGGCGAGAUUGAACAAAUCAACUUUUUGCCCGAAAAGUCGUGUGCCUUUGUCAACUUCACAAACAUUGCCAAUGCCAUCAAGGCCAUUGAUGGUAUUAAGGAAAAGGAGGAGUAUAAGCAGUUUAAGAUUAAUUUUGGCAAGGACCGAUGUGCUAACCCGUCACGUCAUUUACUGCAACAGCCAGCUUUGGCCCAUGGUCAUGUUGCUUCGUCUCAAAGCACUGUGACUACGCCUACCUCAUCGACCUCUGUUACGUUUGGUGCUCUUGGUGGGCACCCAGCUAGUGCGUUGAUGUUUAACCCUGCUGCGUUAUCGCCAUCUUCUGCAUCUAUUCCAUCUACGCCGACCGAUGGCACUAGACCAUCGUCUGAAUCGUCUGUUGUCUUGGGUGAUGUGUCAUCGUCAGUAUUGUCAACACCUGCGUUGGCUUCAUCUGUGACUGCAUCUACAGCGGGCACUGGUGGCAGCAACACCAGUGGCAGCAACUCGCCGGCCAAGGGGUCACCGGUGUACCACUUGCCUACCUCGUUGAACCUACUUCACAGCAACGGGUCCACAGCGUCAUCGCUGUUGGGCGGGUACCCGAACUUUUUUUAUAGUGCGCGGGCAGGUGGGCCUGUUCCAGCUGCGGUUUCGGCCUCCAUGCAUUCACCUAAUAUUGCCACCACGGGAUCAUCAAUCAAGUCACCGGGAGGAGGGUACACUAACUACCAUCACAGUUUCCGCGGGGCGGCAACAUCGUACUAUGUGCCCUCGCCAACGAGUGAGACAAAGAAUUCUGAAGAAGCAGGAGCAGGGGCUGAUGAUGAAGGGGAAGGGUCUGGAGGACAUCAUUAUCAUUCUUCAAAACGAUUGGAGAAUAGUUAUCGGCGCGGAGGUAAUGCUCGUGGGACCGGAGGUGCCUCGGGGAAGCGCGUGAAUGGGGUUGGAGCUGCGACAGCGGUGGUCUCAUCGCCAUUGUCGAAAAAGCCACAAUCGCUUGGGGUUGGGUCUACUCCAUCUUCGUCAAGUUCAUUGGCAUCUGAUGCGACUACUGCUGUUGAUAGUGAUAACGGAGGGGCUACUACGGUUGUUGUUGUUGAUGGUGGAGAAAACAUAACACCCAAGACCCCUGCAUCACCUUGGAAAAGAGGUCACCGGGCGGUUGCUAGCAAGGAUUACAAAGUGAUUAACCAGGAGGAUGCGGCAGCUGCAGCAGCCGAAGCGGCCAAGGCCUUUGGGUUGUAA